UCCUGCGUCCUGCCAGCUUGACUUAACCUGUGAAAAUGGCGUUGUUCGUAGUGGGAGACUGGAGUUAGUUCAGAAUCAUACAGUGGCAUUUAUUCAGUUAUCGGGCAACGCGCGCAAAGAUAACCACAACAGUAUGGCGACCCUGGAUCAGAAAUCACCCAACGUGCUUCUCCAGAGCCUCUGCUGCAGAAUCACGGGGAAAAGCGAAGCUGAAGUUGCCCCCCAGUUCCAGUACGCAGUGCGAGUCAUUGGCAGUAACUACGCCCCCAGUAUUGAACGAGACGAGUUCCUGGUGUCAGAGAAGAUCAGGAAAGAAUUGCUGAAGCAGAGGAGAGAAGCAGACGCUGCUCUGUUCUCUGAGCUGCACAGAAAACUUCAGACACAGUGUGUUCUGAAGCAUCGCUGGUCUGUUCUCUACUUGCUGCUCAGCCUCUCUGAAGAUCCCCGCAAACCGUCCAGUAGGGUUGGAAACUAUGGGGCACUCUUUGCCCAGGCCCUCCCCAGGGACGCCCACUCCACCCCGUUCUACUGCACCCGGCCCCAGAGCCUGGCCCUGGGCUAUGGGGAGAGGACUGCGGGUCUGUCAGCCAGCGUGGGGACCAGUGGCAUCUCAAGCCUGGGAGUCUACACACUGAACGGGCCCACGGCAACUCCGCAGUCGCUGCUGGCCGGUCAACCCCUUCAGUCUGCAGCAGGAGGCGGUCAGCCUCUGGGCUCCCGGCUAGCCUGGGCUCUUCCUGUAAGCUGCUCCCCUUCCUCUGCUCUGGGCCCGCUCCCCUCUCGACCCCCCCUUGGACCUCCAGCUCUCUCCACCAGAGUGGUCCAUCCUCGCAGAGACGGAGAGGUGAGCGAGGCAGCGCUGGUGCGGGACAUCCUCUACGUCUUCCAGGGAAUCGAUGGCAAGUUCAUCAAGAUGAGCGUCCAGGAUAACUGCUACAAAACAGACAGCAAGGUGGUGCUGUGCAAGUCCCUGAGAGACACCAGCAGCAGACUGGCCGAGCUCGGCUGGCUCCACAACAAAGUCAGGAAGUACACCGACGCCAGGAGCCUCGACCGGGCCUUCGGACUGGUCGGACAGAGCUUCUGUGCCUCGCUCCACCAGGAGCUGAAGGAGUACUACAGGUUGCUGUCUGUCCUCCACUCCCAGUUGCAGGUGGAGGAUGAGCAGGGUGUGAACGUGUGCACAGAGAGCAGUCUGACUCUCAGAAGGCUGCUGGUCUGGAUGUACGACCCCAAAGUCCGUCUCAAAACACUGGCUGCUCUUGUUGACUUCUGCCAAGGUCGUAAAGGAGGUGAGCUGGCCUCGGCGGUCCAUUCUUAUGGGAAAACAGGAGACCCACAGAUGAGAGCGCUGGUUCAACACAUCCUCAGCCUGGUGUCACACCCCAUCCUCAACUUCCUGUAUAGGUGGAUCUAUGAUGGAGAGCUGGAAGAUACCUACCACGAGUUCUUUGUAGCAUCAGACCCCAACGUGAAGACAGACCGCCUGUGGCACGACAAGUACUCCCUCAGGAAGUCAAUGAUCCCCUCAUUCAUCACCAUGGACCAGGCCCGCAAGGUUCUGCUGAUUGGUAAAUCCAUCAACUUCCUGCAUCAGGUUUGUCACGACAGAACGCCGCCGGGCAAAAUCACGGCAGCAUCCAAGUCGGCAGACACACCCAAAGACGCUGCAGAGCUGCUGUCCGACCUAGAGGGGGAGUUUCAGGAGAAGAUCGACGCUGCCUAUUUUGAUACCAGCAAAUACCUGCUGGACGUUCUGAAUCGCAACUACCUGCUCCUGGAGCAUCUGCAGGCCAUGAGGAGAUACCUGCUGCUGGGCCAGGGGGACUUCAUCAGACAUCUCAUGGACCUGCUCAAGCCGGAGUUGGUGCGUCCUGCCACCACUUUGUACCAACACAACCUGACGGGUAUCUUAGAGACGGCAGUCAGAGCCACAAACGCCCAGUAUGACAAUGCAGAGAUUCUAAAGAGGCUGGACGUACGCCUGCUAGAGGUGUCUCCUGGUGAUACAGGCUGGGAUGUUUUCAGUCUGGACUACCACGUGGACGGACCCAUUGCUACGGUGUUUACCAGGGAGUGCAUGGGCCACUACCUGCGUGUGUUUAAUUUCCUUUGGAGGGCAAAGAGGAUGGAGUACACACUGACUGACAUCUGGAAGGGACAGAUGUGUAAUGCCAAGUUGCUCAAAACCAUGCCUGAGUUGUCCGGUGUGCUGCAUCAGUGUCACAUCCUGGCCUCUGAGAUGGUCCACUUCAUCCACCAAAUGCAGUACUACAUCACCUUUGAGGUGCUGGAGUGCUCCUGGGAUGAGCUGUGGAACAAAGUGCAGCAGGCUCAGGACCUUGACCACAUCAUCGCUGCACAUGACGUCUUCCUUGACACCAUCAUCUCAAGAUGCCUGCUGGACAAUAACAGCAGGUCUCUUUUGAACCAGCUGAGGGCCAUAUUUGACCAGAUCAUCGAGUUCCAGAACGCCCAGGACUCCCUCUACCGCUCGGCACUGGAGGAACUCGCCCUCCGACUGCAGUACGAGGAGAAGAAGCAACGGAGAGAGGAAGAGGGUCAGUGGGGAGUGACGGCCGAACAGGAAGCGGAGGAGAAGAAGAGGGUUCAGGAGUUCCAGGAAACUAUACCAAAGAUGCGCUCCCAGCUCCGCAUCCUCACCCACUUCUACCAGAGCAUCGUCCAGCAGUUCCUGGUGUUGCUGAUGACAAGUCCGGAUGAGAGUCUACGUUUCCUCAGCUUCAGACUGGACUUCAAUGAACACUACAGGGCCAGAGAGCCGAGGCUACGCGCCUCACUAGGCGCCAACCGAGGGCGACGGCUGUCAAACAUCUGACAUGACGACGAUGGCGUCGCCAGACGAGGCUUCCAGUCAUUGGAGCAUGGGGUAUGACAUCACAGUGGGCAGUUGUGACAUCACAGAGAUGGGCUGGGCCAGCAGACUUUAAAGUGCUUUACAUUGAGAUGAUGUCAUGCCUUGGAGGAGCAGUCCAGCGCUUUUCUGAACAUUGCGGUAUCACGGCAGCGGCGGUCGCCAAGUGAUGACAUCACAGCAGACGGCUCCAGUGAAGUUGGCUGAGUGGGCUCGCAAUAGAAUAAAGUCCAGUCAAUUCAAACCUUCAGAUCUCGUCGUUGGCGACAUGUACGAAAAGCGUGAGGUAAAUUUGGGGAAACUGUCCAGCCGAGUGUGAGGAGGCAAACAAAAGCUGCCGUCAGACUGAGCUCCCCGAGUCUGACAGGGCCCCUUUACAGGGCAUGCCUUAUUAAUGAGAAAAAACAAAACCUCUUUUCUCAGCGUGGUUGCCAAAUCUAGUCCCAACACACAAUGUCUGUACAUAGUGUUUAUGCAAAAAUGUAUGUACGUGUGUGUAUAUAUAUAUAUAUAUAUAUAUAUCUCUACACGUCAACAACUGUGGCUUUGCAUCUUCUGGCUAGGGUUCAACCGAUAUGGGUCUGAUAUUGAGAUUUUUUUAAAUUUUUGUAUUGGUAGCAGUUGUUGAUUAAAUUUGAUUUCAUUCCAUAACAGACGGUGUUUCCGCUGGAGAUUUUUUCUUUAAGGUGGGUAAAGAACUGCAUUUACAGUACAAGGCACUGAAUCUGUAUGACAGGGGCCGUCAACAUAUUGAAGAUUUAAUAUUUAUCAGUCAUUAUUGGCACACCAGUAUAUUGGUCUAACCCUAGUUCUCCACUCGGUCCUCCUUCAAAUCCAGGGUUUUAUUGUAGUGUGUCGGACCAGCUGUCUAAUCACAACACACACACUCCAGUGAUGUGAAUUCAAACAUGGCUCAUACAGACAAAAAAAAAAAAUCCUUUGUUGAUGAAUUUGUUUACACCUUAUAUUUUAAUCUGAUGUUAGUAGUUGUUUUUUUCCAUUACAUCGGUGUGGCAAAAGAAAACAAAAGAGCACCUGGCUUCGCCUUGACUGAGAACCGACUGAUGUAAAGAGUGUUAUCAAGAGUUGAGUUUGUAUUUAAGUGUGCUUUCCCUCUGUUUCCCUGCUUAGUUUACAGAUGGUGCUUUUCUGUCUGUAUGAGAGAUGGCUCAUGUCAAAGAAACACUCCUCUUAACAACCACAACAACCUCACUUCUUGUCCUUGCAUAAACAAAAGGAACUAUACAUGUUCAGAAUGUUUCACUUUCUUUAAAAAAAAAUGUAAAUAUUUCUAAAUUAAAGUCCAUGUGUUACGAAUUUAAUGGUUAUAUGGUCACCUUGGGCAGUUUAUUUUCUGAAAAAAGUCUAUUCCGACGUUAUACAGAAGAGUGUGUUGUUAGUAGUGUAAGUAAGUGAGGUUUGCCCCAUGUGCAUAUGAGAUGAAGAUGCUGUCAGUAUCCAGGGGGAAUUGGUUCAGUGAAGUAACAUCGUUGCUGCUGAUCAUCUCCCCAAAUUGUUCACUUUUCAUUAAUUGGAUUCACUCAGACGGUCUGUUUAGUACCAUAAAAAUCAUUUUUGAAUUUUAAAUGGAUGAGGAGAAACAGUCAGUAUCAGUCCUUUGACCACAGACUGAAAAAUGUCACCCUGACCCAAACCCAAAAAUAUCUGUCCAACCUUUCAUCCGUCUGAGACAAGUCUGUGACAGCUCCAAAUUAUACUUCCAAUCAUCCCUGUGAAGUGAAAAUUAGACCUUAAGAUCAAAAAAGCAUAAUCAUCUCUGUCUUAAUUGCUGUGGUAGGACACGACUAUUUGCUGGAUUUCCUUUGUAGUACACAGUAAAAAUGCCUUUUGCCUAGAUGCUUGUUAAGAUUUCGAAAGUCAAGUAGCAUUUUAAUCAUCAAGGUAUACAAUCGUUUCCGUAUGAACAGCCGUGAGCAUUGAUCUCACCUUGCAGGAGCUCUGAUCCUGGGUCAGGGAGCAUGUUUCUAAAAGCAAAAACAUACAAUUAACAGACAUCACACAGGCAUGUUUAAAGGAUGUGGUUAAUGUACUUUAAACUUGGUAAAUAAACCUACAUCAAAAUCUAAAUUAUUAGCUUUCCACAUCUCUCCAGUGUUGGUGGUCAGUGUGGUCCCCAAAACUCAUUUUUAUUAGUUUAUUUUGAGUUAUAAAUUGACUUUGAGUUGUCUCAAGUAGUGCUGUUCAUUAAAAAAACUAAUUUACUUCUAAUUAUUCACAUUAACAUGUGCGCAGUGAUGGUCCAUGUUCGAUUUUUGUCUUUGAUUUUAAUUCAAUGAAAAAUCGGUGCUGCUUAUGGUCACUAGACCAGUUAACUGCUUCUGACAAUGAGUCCCUCCGUGCACGUGUGUGACAAGAAAGAUUUAUUGGAGCAAACUGAACCUGGGUCAGCACUCCUGCCCUGUCUGUCUGUCUGUCCUCUACAUUGUAUAGUACAUAAUGUAUAGAAUAUAGGGAAACAAACCAUCCCGCUUCUUGUUUAAUAAAAUGUUUUGUUAUCA